AUAACUAAUAAAUAUAUUUGAUUGUAAUUGUGCUGCGUAAGAAUCAAUCCAUCAAACAGAGUGUGUGUCGCCGUCAACUAUGGCUUCUUCUUGCAUUCACCUCCUCAAACGAACCCUCCGAAGCGCCCACCUCCCAUCAAACCCUACCACCCCCGUCGCCAGAUUCUUCUCCUUCGCUUCUUCCACUCCGAUCCGCGCCACUCUCUUCCCCGGCGACGGUAUUGGCCCCGAGAUCGCCGAAUCCGUCAAAAAGAUAUUCAAGGAAGCUGAGGUGCCCAUAGAAUGGGAAGAGCACUAUGUGGGAACUGAAAUUGAUCCGAGAACCCAGAGCUUUCUGACAUGGGAAAGUUUGGAAUCAGUUCGGCAAAAUCGGGUUGGCUUGAAAGGGCCAAUGGCCACCCCUAUUGGAAAAGGGCAUCGUUCAUUGAACCUUACACUAAGAAAAGAACUGAAUUUGUAUGCAAAUGUUCGACCCUGCUACAGCCUGCCUGGCUACAAAACUCGGUAUGAUAAUGUAAACCUUAUCACCAUCCGUGAAAAUACUGAAGGAGAGUAUAGCGGUCUUGAGCAUCAGGUUGUGAGAGGUGUAGUAGAAAGUCUCAAAAUUAUUACACGCCAAGCAAGUUUAAGGGUGGCUGAGUAUGCUUUUCACUAUGCCAAGGUACAUGGAAGAGAGAGAGUGUCUGCUAUUCACAAGGCCAACAUUAUGCAGAAGACUGAUGGUCUUUUCCUCAAGUGCUGUCGUGAGGUUGCGGAGAAGUAUCCUGAGAUAAAAUAUGAGGAAGUUGUCAUUGACAAUUGCUGCAUGAUGCUUGUGAAGAAUCCUGCUCUUUUUGAUGUAUUGGUGAUGCCUAACCUUUAUGGUGAUAUUAUCAGUGACCUUUGUGCUGGCUUGGUUGGGGGAUUGGGCUUGACACCAAGCUGCAACAUUGGUGAAGGAGGUAUUGCACUUGCUGAGGCUGUACAUGGUUCAGCACCUGAUAUUGCUGGAAAGAAUUUGGCAAAUCCAACUGCUUUACUGCUAAGUGGUGUUUCAAUGUUGCGCCAUUUGGAUCUCCAUGACAAAGCGGAUCAAAUUCAAAAUGCCAUCCUCACCACAAUUGCAGAAGGGAAGUACAGAACCGCUGAUCUUGGUGGCAAAGCAAAGACAACUGAGUUCACCAAUGCAAUUAUUGAUCAUCUCUAAAUUAUGCUUUUGAGUCAGCAAGUAAUUGCUGACAAUGAUUUUGUUUUCUGUUAAUGACUUAAUGUUCAUCCCCCCUCCCCUUCUCUUUUCCAGAGGAAUAGGACCUCAGCAUAAUGGAAAACUCAUCUAAAUGUGUGACCUUGAAACCAAAGACAUGGAGUGAGCAGCCUCCAUGCAGUCUUAUGGCCUUUGACAGGGGACAAGUCUCUAACACUUCUAACAUGCACUUUGAUUGAAAACCUUCCUUACUCCAUUCUAGUAUUCUUGUUAAUGAUCUAGCUAAAUAAAAGUACCAUACAAUGUUUCGUUCA